GCUGGGGCGUCGGCCCGCACCCUGCGCGGACACCGGAGCGGAUCGACCCCGCCCCUCUCCUGGGGGAAGGCCUGGGCCCUGGCCCACUCCCAGCAUGCUCCACGCCGGAUCCCAGGGCAGGUGCCGGGGGUGCAGUAUAGUCGGGGAGACCGAGAACUGCCUUCCUGGAGGUGCUGCCUUGGCCCCUCAGUGGGGUUUUGAGGAAAAAUGCUUUCUGAAAGCAGUUCAUUUUUGAAGGGUGUGAUGCUCGGAAGCAUUUUCUGUGCCUUGAUCACUAUGCUAGGACACAUUAGGAUUGGUCAUGGAAACAGAAUGCACCAUGAGCAUCAUCACCUACAAGCUCCUAAUAAAGAAGAUAUCUCGAAGAUUUCAGAGGAUGAACGCAUGGAGCUCAGUAAGAGCUUUCGAGUAUACUGUAUCAUUCUUGUAAAACCCAAAGAUGUGAGUCUUUGGGCUGCAGUGAAGGAGACUUGGACCAAACACUGUGACAAAGCAGAAUUCUUCAGUUCUGAAAAUGUUAAAGUGUUUGAGUCAAUUAACAUGGAAACAAAUGACAUGUGGUUGAUGAUGAGAAAAGCUUACAAAUAUGCCUUUGAUAAAUACAGAGACCAAUACAACUGGUUCUUCCUUGCACGCCCCUCUACAUUUGCUAUUAUUGAAAACUUAAAGUAUUUUUUGUUAAAAAAGGAUCCAUCACAACCUUUCUAUCUAGGCCACACUAUAAAAUCUGGAGACCUUGAAUAUGUGAGUGUGGAAGGAGGCAUUGUCUUAAGUAUAGAAUCCAUGAAAAGGCUUAACAGCCUUCUCAGUAUCCCUGAAAAGUGUCCUGAACAGGGAGGGAUGAUUUGGAAGAUAUCUGAAGAUAAGCAGCUAGCAGUCUGCCUGAAAUAUGCUGGAGUGUUUGCAGAAAAUGCAGAAGAUUCUGAAGGAAAAGAUGUAUUUAAUACCAAAUCCAUUGGGCUUUUUAUUAAAGAGGCAAUGACUAAUCACCCCAACCUGGUGGUAGAAGGAUGCUGUUCGGAUAUGGCUGUUACUUUUAAUGGACUGACUCCUAAUCAGAUGCAUGUGAUGAUGUAUGGAGUGUACCGUCUUAGGGCGUUUGGGCAUAUUUUCAAUGAUGCAUUGGUCUUCUUACCUCCAAAUGGUUCUGACAAUGACUGAGAAGUGAAAGAAGAGCAUGUGUACAAUCACCAUAUAGGACAGGUAUUGUCACUAUUUGCAGUAACAACUGCAUGUCCAACACAGCAGUAUGUUUCUUUUCCUUUUUUUACUUUGGUGGCACUGGUUUAAUGGCACAUUAAAGUUUAGUGGUACAUUUUAAAUAGGGUGGUUUUUUCCCCUUAAAACACAUGUGAAAACGUCAAACAUGUUGGAAAGAAAUGUUUUAAGAAUAAUUUUGCAAAUAAAAGAUAUUUAUAAAUAUUAUAUUUAUGUGAUAAAUUCUAAAUUAUGAAUCUGUGGCACAUAUUUUUGCUGAUCUGUUAAAAAAUUUAACAUGUCUUUUUAGCUUUCUAAGAUACGUGAAUGAAAUCUCUAGUUGUGAAUUUGUGAUUAAAACUUUCAGCUAUGUGUUUCCAUUACUUGUAAUGCUGAUAUAUGUUCUGAACUUUUGCAAGGGCCCAUGGAUUGCUUUCUCAAAAUACACAACCAAGCCACAAAGGAAAUAAGUGUUCCCAACUAAUGUUACAGUGAAAGUGGAAUUGCGUCCCUGGGAGAAAAAGUGAAAAUGAUCUAUGAAGGUUAAUAAUUUCACCAGGAGCUAAUUUAGUGGCACUCCUCAGCAUACACAAGCUCAGUGUAAGUCUCUUCUACUUCUCUGUGCAGAUACUGAAAUAGGAGUGGUCACUAUGAAGAAUCUAAUUUCAUUUAACAUUUAACUGUGUUGUUUCCCACUUUAUCAAGCUCUUGGCUGUGGUUUGGAUAAAAAUACUUGAGUGUUCUUUGCUGCUGCUGGGCGGAUGAGUUCUUUGGAAGUCUUUGAAGAACUUGUUUUGGUAAUCUGGCAGUGGAGUCUGCCCUGGUUUUUCUUUACCUGUUAAAAUUCUGAGAUUUUUCCCAUGUUCAUAGUUGCAUCCUAUCCAGUGGUUUUGGGUGUGUAGGCCUUAACCUCACCAGUCACCCUGGAUUACCAUACCAUUUGCCUAAUUUCAGUGGCUACACAGAAGCUUUAUCCACUGGUGGAUACAAUAGUUCUUGUGCUUAUAAAUGUGUGAAGUACUUGGAACUGAUUUGUCCUAUAAUCAGGCCUGCACAUGCUAUAUUAAGUCAGAUCCAUAAGCCCCCGCCCCCCAUAGGGUGUGAGACCAUGACAUUUUAGAGAUCAAUAUUUGCUAUAACUGGCCUCAUGAUGUUAAUGGUCUCCCACAGCUUUUGCAAACCAGAAAGAAUUUCCUCGAGGGCCUCGGGCUUCAAAUUAUUACUGAUCAUCAGAAUGGUGUGUAAAGCACUUUUAAAAAAUUGAUCUCAUCUUCCUUAUUGGGGUUUUUGGUUAAAAUGAAGAAUUGUUAAUUUUUAAAAAUAAUAAAAAUCCCUUGAUCAAGCACCCUAAUAUGUGGUCUCAGAUGCAAUUAAUACAGAUCAAGUCAUGUUUGGUGUAAGUACAAUGAUAAACAGUAUCACCCUGAGUGUGACACCCAGUUUAGAAGUGUCAACCGUGGGGCGCCUGGGUGGCUCAGUCAGUUAAGCGGCCGACUUCGGCUCAGGUCAUGAUCUCGCGGUCUGUGAGUUCAAGCCCCGCGUCGGGCUCUGUGCUGACAACUCAGAGCCUGGAGCCUGUUUCAGAUUCUGUGUCUCCCUCUUGCUGACCCUCCCCUGUUCAUGCUCUGUCUCUCUCUGUCUCAAAAAUAAAUAAAAACGUUAAAAAAAAUUUUUAGAAGUGUCAACCGUGCCCCAACAAUAUAUUUUUUUAAUUAUGCAUUUAUCAGCUUCAAUUAUAUUAGUAUAUUAAGGUGUAAUUGUAAUAAAUAUAUCAGAGAAUGCAUCCCAUUGUUUGAUUUCCUAGUGGGUGCUAAGAUAAUAAUUGCCUUUUUUUUUUUAAUGUUUAUUUUAUUUUUGAGAGAGAGCGACAGUGUGAGUAGGGGAGGGAGAGGGAGACCUAGAUUCUGAAGCAGACUCCAGGCUCUGAGCCGUCAGCACAGAGCCUUACACGGGGCUCAAACUGCAAGAUCAUGACCUGAACUGAAGUGAGACACUUAACCAACUGAGCCACCCAGGCGCCUCAGGUAACAAUUGCUUUUUAAACCAAAUGGAUGCUCUUCAGGGGUGCCUGGCUUGCUCAGUUGGUACAGCAUGCCAACUUGAUCUUGGAAUUGUGAGUUUGAGCCCCACAUGGGGUGUUGAGAUUACUUAAAAAUUUUUUUAGGGGCACCUGGUUGGCUCAGUCAGUUAAGUAUCUGACUUCGGUUCAGGUCAUGAUCUCGGUUCAUGAGUUUGAACCCCACAUCGGGCUCUGUGCUGAGAGCUCAGAGCCUGGGGCCUACUUCGGAUUCUCUGUCUCCCUGUCUCUCUGCGGUCCCCAGCUCAUGCUCUGUCUCUCUGUCUCUCUCAAAAUUAAACAUUAAAAAAACUUUAAUAAAAAAUUUAAAAAAUGUUUGAAAUAAACCAAAUUGAUGCUUUUGGUUGUAUUUUUAUACACAAGUAUUCCUUUAUAAAAUAUUAUUUGUCUUAAAUAAUAUGCUGCCUCAGGGCACCUGGGUGGCACAAUUAAACGUCUGACUCUGCAUCAGGCCAUGAUCUCACGGUUUGUGGGUUCAAGCCCCACGUCAUGCUCUGUGCUGACAGCUCAGAGCCUGGAACAUGCUUCAGAUUCUGUGUCUCCAUCUCUCUGCCUCUUUCUCUCUCUCUCUCUC